UAAGACAUAUAUAAGACAAACCUCACCCCAACUCCCCCUAAAUGCCUAGUCCUUUGCCAUUUUUCUAGUUGGCCGAGGAUGUUGUCGUUGGCUUAAGAGAAAAAAUUUCAAACUCCAGCAGUCGGUCCACAGAUAUGGAGAAGCAGAAGAAGGGUGCAAAACCUACAGUUGGGAGCUUAAAUCUGCCCAUUGGAUUUAGGUUUCGUCCCACUGAUGAAGAGCUAUUGGUUCACUACUUGAGUAGAAAGAUAUUUUCCAUGCCUUUGCCUGCCUUAAUCAUCCCUGAAAUACUGGAUGUUUUCGUCUCCUUUCCCUCUGACUUGCCUGCAGGGGACUUGAGGGAGAAUAGGUAUUUCUUCAGCAAAGCAAAUGGAGAUAUAAACAGCAAGGGUUGCAGCAGAUUGAUCAGUGGCAAAGAUUGUUCUGGUUAUUGGAAGGCCGUUGGCCAAGGCCAGUUAAUUGUGGUUCCAAUUUCGGGUUCUGCAGUAAGCGAGCAACAACAACAACGGCUACUUCUUGGGAUGAAAAAAGCCCUUCGAUUCUACCAAACAACGCGUUCUGAAUGUUUAAGAACGCGUUGGAUAAUGCACCAAUAUUCCCUUGUCACAAUUUCCUCCUCUGAUCAGAAUGUUAACAUGAUGCAAGUAGGAGAUUGGAGCGUCUUUCGCAUAUACCAGAAGAAAUUACUAAUAUCAAAGAAUUUGAGGACUAAGUCUAAUGGUUUUGCUGAGCAAUGUAACAUCAAGACAAAUACCCGAAAGAGGCCUUUUAAUGAAGUGUUAAAAGACAAAGAGGUUCCCAUUUAGGCUACAGCAGUCACUGACAUCUCUUCUAAUCAAUUACUGGAAUUAGAUCAAGAAGUUACCAGUUGAUACUUCAGAUUUUAUAUUUUGUUUUUUUUCUUGGGCCAGCUUAGUAGUGAGCAUCCACAAAGGCUUGCUUUAGUUUUUUAUUUUCGAGUAACAACAAAGAGAAAUAUUGGCAGCACUUGGCAUUUGUCUUAUAGUGUCUAUUUGGUUUUUGUUCUUCUUGUAUGGUUGUUACACGAUGGGAGGCACUGUUUUAGAAAAAUCACAUCAUGCCUAACUGGGUUGGGUCGAAUAUUUAUCCGUUUUUAUCCGACCUGACCCACCUGUUGUUAGGCAUGUAGAGACACAUUACUUCUCAAAUUGAGGCUAGUAUGUCAAAAGCUAGCUCAUGAACCACAUUAGAUUAAUUUUAUGAAUAUCCAAUCUUUCUGCGUUUUCC